AUGGAAAAGUCAGCGUUACCCUUGGCUGCUGAGCCACUGCCGAGUGAGAAUUCAGCACCCAGAUCUCGCAGAACAGCUUGCUUGCUGCUGGUUCCUCUUGUGUUAGCUGGGUAUCUCUGCGCGCCUUUCUUAGCCGGACCAUUUCCCUCCAGCUUCAUUCCGGGCGGCGAUUCCAAGAGCUUCAAAAACCAGUGUACUCAGCCAGACCCGCUCUUCCCCGGGGAAUCAGGCAAUGAAGCUCUGAAACGUUCAUAUGACUACAUCUCCACCGAUGAUUUCAGAAACGCCACUGUCAAACGACUCUCCGGCGCCGUCAGGGUCAAGUCAGAGUCUUUCGAUGACCUGGGAGCGAUUGGCGAGGACUCAAGAUGGGAUGUCAUGUAUGACUUCUCCGCCUACCUGAAGACCACGUUUCCCCUCAUUCACGAGAAGCUCCGGGUGGAAAAGGUCAACACUCACGGUUUGCUCUACACGUGGGAGGGCAGCGACGACUCUCUGAAGCCGACCCUACUCAUGGCCCAUCAGGAUACCGUACCCGUGCCCCCACAGACCAUUCCCGCCUGGACAUACCCUCCCUGGAGCGGCAAGUACGACGGGAAGUACAUCUGGGGACGCGGCGCCGCCGACUGCAAGGACCAGCUCAUCGCUGUAAUGGAAGCCGUUGAGCUGCUUCUCGAAGCCAAGUUUGAGCCCAAGCGCACCAUCCUCCUCUCCUUUGGCUUCGACGAGGAAUGUUCCGGUCGGCAAGGGGGCGGACACCUGGCCCCAUUCAUCCGCAAGCGAUAUGGCGACGACGGCAUCGCCGUUAUUGUGGAUGAGGGCGCCACCUUCGAGAAGGCCUGGGGGACGGUAUUUGCCAAGCCCGGGAUGGCGGAGAAGGGUAAAACUGACGUCCACAUCACCGUCCGGAUGCCAGGUGGGCACUCGUCAAUCCCGCCCGACCACACCGGCAUCGGAGUACUCAGCGAGAUCAUCACCCUAAUCGAGGCAGAGCAGUACCGCACGCGCCUCGUCGACGAGAACCCCUACUACGCCCAGCUAAAAUGCGGAGCGGAGCAUUCGCCCGACUUCCCGCGCAAGCUGAAGAAGCUCCUCUCCCGGCGCACACGCGCAUCCUCCCACCGCGUCUGCAAGGCCAAGCCCGACCGCCUUGCCCUCGAGGCAGCCAAGCAGGGCCCGGAUGUCAAAUACCUCAUGCAGACGUCGCAGGCCGUGGACGUCAUCUCCGGCGGCGCCAAGGUCAACGCCAUACCUGAGCGCGCUACGGUGACGGUCAACCACCGCAUCAACAUCGGCGAGACGCCCUCGACGGUAUGGGACCGCCUCACGGAGCUCGUGCGGCCCGUGGCGAAGCGACACAACCUCACGCUGCACGCCUUUGAUGGCGCCGACGAGGAGCCACUGUCCAUCUCACUCGUCGCGUCCAACACGACGCUCGACACCGCUCCUGUGACGCCGGCCGACGCUACGCCGUUCGAGGUGGUGGCGGGCACGACGCGCGCGCUGUACGGGCGCGAGACGGUAGUCACGCCGGGGAUCAUGACGGGGAACACGGAUACGAGGUAUUACUGGGACCUGACGAGACACAUCUUCCGCUUCGGACCCGGCUUCGAUCCUGAAUCCGAUAGCUCGAUGGGCGGAGGGAAUAUCCACACCGUUGACGAGAGGGCCAGCGUGGCGGGACACAUCAAUUCUGUGAGGUGGUUUACCUUGUUCGUGAGGAACAUGGACGAUGCGGACAUCUGA